UAUCCUUCACUUCAAACCUGUAACCCCAACAGAAUGACGCACUCUUGUCCGAGUUACGAGUGGGUUUUGUUAAUAUUCUUUCAUGGGAUUCUUAUAAUGUGUAUGAGCUCAAGUUUGAAAUCUACCACAAUUCCAGCUUUUGCAAAUGAGACAGAUCGCCUGGCUCUACUUGACUUCAAGAGUCGGAUCACUAAAGACCCACUUCAAAUCAUGAGCUCAUGGAAUGACUCCAUACAUUUCUGCAACUGGUUAGGUGUUACAUGUAGCCCCUCCAGUAAACGAGUCAUGGUUUUGAAUCUGGAAGCUAAGAGGUUGUUUGGCUCCAUACCACCCUCUAUAGGAAAUCUUACUUGCCUCACAGGAAUCAACCUACGAAGUAAUAGCUUCAUUGGUGAAAUUCCUCAAGAAGUAGGAUGUCUACAACGCCUGCAUCAUCUCAAUUUGAGUAGGAAUUCCUUUGGUGGUAAACUUCCAACUAAUCUGAGCUAUUGUACACAACUUAGAGUGCUUGACGUUGCUUACAACAAUCUUGUUGGGCAGAUUCCAGGCCACCUCAGUUCAUUGUCAAAGUUGGUGAACCUAAGUCUUGGUGUGAACAACCUAGUAGGAAGUAUCCCAGCUUGGAUAGGUAACUUUUCUUCCUUGUAUAUUCUUGAUCUUUUCCGGAACUCUUUGCAAGGAAGUAUACCUAGUGAACUUGGCUCUCUAUCAGGCUUGGGAAAAUUUCAACUUUAUGGGAAUUAUUUGUCCGGUACCAUUCCUUCUUUGAUCUAUAAUAUUUCUUCCAUAUACUACUUCUCCGUUACUCUAAACCAGCUACAUGGAAGCAUUCCCCCAGAUGUUGGUCUUACUCUUCCUAACCUUCAAAUAUUUGCUGGAGCUGUUAAUAGUUUCACAGGAACUAUUCCUGCAUCAUUGUCAAAUGCUUCUCAACUUCAGGUACUUGACUUUUCUCAAAAUAAUUUGACCGGGACUGUGCCUCAAAAUCUAGCAAGCUUGCAAGGCUUGGUUCGACUUAAUUUUGAAGUCAAUAAACUUGGAAAGGGGAAAGAUGGUGACCUGAAUUUUCUCAAUAACUUUGCUAAUUGUACUAGUUUGGAGGUCUUGAGUUUCGCUCAAAAUCAGUUAGGAGGGAUAUUGCCCAGCGUCAUAGCCAACCUUUCCACGCAACUAAAAUCUCUUACUAUGGGUUCAAAUAUGAUCCGUGGUAGCAUCCCUAUUGGGAUUGGGAACCUUGUUAACUUAAACUUGUUGGGAUUAGAAGGUAACUAUUUGGGAGGUCCUCUACCAGAUAUUCUUGGGAAGCUUCAGAACUUAGAAGGAUUAGAAUUGAAUGAUAACGAAUUUUCAGGGCUAAUCCCUUCCUCCUUGGGUAACUUAACUGCAUUAACAAGGCUCUAUUUGCAAGAAAACAAAUUUGAGGGUAGUAUACCCCCAAAUCUUGGAAACUGCAAAAAAUUGCUUACACUAAACCUUUCUAGUAACAAUCUCAAUGGCACGAUCCCAAAACAGGUUAUUGGUCUUUCUUCCCUUUCAAUUUCUUUGGUCAUGUCUCAUAAUUUUUUGAUAGGUGCAUUACCAUUUGAAGUGGGCAACUUAAGACUUCUUGGUGAGUUAGAUCUCUCAAUGAACAGAUUAUCAGGUGAAAUUCCCACCACCCUUGAGACUUGUCUUAGUUUGGAGCGCUUGUAUUUGGAGGGUAAUUCAUUUGAGGGAGCAAUUCCCGAAUCUUUGAAGACCUUAAGAAGUUUAGAAGAUAUAGAUCUUUCGCAUAAUAACUUGUCUGGGAAUAUUCCUAAAUUUCUCAGCAAGCUUUUGUCACUUAAGCAUCUCAAUAUUUCUUAUAAUAAUUUUGAAGGUGAAGUACCAAAUGAAGGAAUUUUCGCAAAUGCAAGCGCAAUUUCAAUCUUUGGAAAUGAUAAGCUAUGUGGUGGUUUCAAAGAAUUACAUUUAUCUACAUGCUCAAGGAAAAAGCAUCAUUUGCAUGGGAAGCUUCUUACACUCGGAAUAAUAAUUCCUGUUACUAGCAUAAUCAUAUUUGUACUUCUUCUGUUGUAUUUUUUCCCUACAUGUUCUAUUGUUAAAAAUUUAAGAGAGAGGGCAUUAACUACGCCUUCUUUUGAAGAUUGGCAAUUACCUAUCUCUUAUGCUGAACUCUUAGAAUCAACAAAUGGGUUUUCUGAAAACAACUUGAUUGGUUCGGGUAGCUUUGGCUCUGUAUACAAAGGAGUUCUUGCUAGAAAUGGAGCAAUUGUUGCGAUCAAAGUAUUGAACCUUCAACAACAAGAAGCUUCCACAAGUUUCAUUAAUGAAUGCAAUGCUUUGAGAAGUAUACGCCAUCGCAAUCUCCUCAAGAUUUUCUCUGCUUGCUCUAGCAUUGAUCAUAAAGGGAAUGACUUUAAGAGCCUAAUUUUUGAGUUCAUGUGCAAUGGAAGUCUAGACCGGUGGUUGCAUCCAAAAAUUGAUGAGCAACAUCAAAGAAACAAAUUAAGCUUUAUUCAGAGACUAAAUAUAGCCAUUGAUGUUGCUUAUGCAUUAGAAUAUCUUCAUCAACAUUGCCAAACGACAAUUGUUCACUGUGAUAUUAAACCAAGCAAUAUACUCCUUGAUGAAGAUAUGGUAGCCCAUGUUGGUGAUUUUGGAUUGGUGAAGUUCCUCUUUGAAGCAUCUAACAACCCCUCCAAAACUCAAACCCUGUCAAUUGGACUAAAGGGUUCCAUUGGGUACAUUCCUCCAGAGUAUGGGAUGGGUGGCCAAAUUUCAACAUUGGGAGACAUUUUCAGUUAUGGGAUACUCCUGUUAGAGAUGUUCACUGGGAAAAAACCUAUCGAUGAAAUGUUCAUAGAUGGUUUGAGCAUUCAUAGGUUCACUUCAAUGGCUUUGCCUGAACAUGUAAUGGAUAUAGUUGACCCAUCAAUGUUCUUUGAGGAGGAUGGAGAAGAUGUUGGUGAUGAGAGAAAUGAAGAUGACAUUGAAGACAGAGCAAUAAUUGAAGAAGUGCCCCAUCUUAAUGUUAGUAGCAGAAUAAAAGAUUGCUUGAUAUCAGUGUUCAAAAUUGGAUUGUCGUGUUCUACAACAUCACCUGAUGAGCGGAUGCCAACAAAUGUUGUUGUCAAUGAAAUGAAUGCAAUUAGAGACACAUAUCUUAAAUUUAAGAUGGAAAACAAAAGAAGAAUGAACUAGCAUGGCCGGAUUGGAUGGAAUUGAAGUAAUGAAUUCCCUUGAUUGAGUAAUAUUUCUGUGGCUCGUGAUGGCUAUAAAUUAUAGGCUUGUAACAUUCUACUAUGUUCGUUACAGUGUACACAUAUGCUGCCUCAGCCAUUGUCAUUGCUUUCCAUGUCAAAGGUAAUAUAGAUCAACGGCUCGCUGUUAUUUGUCAAUGACAUUUCUUAAACCAUAUUACUAUAUAUAUUGUUUUU